GCCCCGCCCACGCCGGCACCGGCCCCCCACCAACGGCUCCCGGGGCCGUCCCCGUCCCCCCGCCAACGGCCCCACACACCGGCCGCGACCACCGCCGGCCCCAGCCACCACCACCGGCCCCACACACCGGCCGCGACCACCGCCGGCCCCCACACACCAGCCCCUGCCCCGCACCGGCUGCAAACACCGGCCCCUGCCCCGCCGCCAUGGGCAGCCGCAGCACCCGGCCCGGGUCCCAAAAUGGCCGAUCUGGCGGGCCGGACAGAACAGACCCAGAGCGAAAUCUGGGCGCGGCGCAGCAGGACAGCGGCUUGUGGGGACCCUCAACUGCCUCCCCCGAGCUCGGCCCUGUGACCCGGAUAGGGCAGAGCUUCCUAUUCCAGGACCGCAGAGGCAGUGUGAGGAUACUGCACAGGGACGAAAAUAUGGACCCCUCAGUGAGCAUGGACAUAGACAGCAGGAUCCCAAUGGACUUCGUGAGCCAACGGCGUGAUAGUGCGCCGACCACACCGAUACAACGAGCCCUGCGAUCACUCAGCAUCCCACUGGAGAGGCUGCAUAUUAUGAAGGGCCACAUGAUACAGGACAUGUGCAAGGGGCUGAGCCGCCAGACCCAUGCACAGGCCAAAGUGCGUAUGCUGCCCACCUACAUCUGCUCCACUCCCAAUGGCACUGAGAAGGGCAACUUUCUGGUGGUGGAGCUGUGCCAGAGCCAGGUUCGGAUCCUGUUGGCGACCCUCUACGGAGAUGGAAACAUGAGCCCCCACAUGGUGUACAAGAUCUUUGACCUGCCAGAGGGCAUCACGCGAGGCGAGGGGGAAGCGCUCUUUGACUUCAUUGCGCAAUGCGUGUCCCAGUUCCUGGCCGAGACCUUCAGCUCUGACACCAGCAAGCCUGAGGAACGCAUCCCCUUGGGGUUUGUGUUCCCCUUCACCUGCCGGCAGACGCAGCUGGACAAGGCAGAACUCCUCUCCUGGUCCAAGGGCUUCAGCUGCAGUGGUGUGGUGGGGAAGGAUGUGGUACAGCUGCUGCAGUCAGCCAUCAAUAAGCAGGAGGUGGGGGCCAAUGGGACUGGAUCAGGCAAUGGGACAACGGCCACUGGUAGCCAUUGGCUGUCCCCUUGGAGGGUCUGGAAAUCCUCUGAAAUUACUUCUGGCCAGCUCUCCCAAGUGGACAUUGUUGUCGUGAUGAAUGACACUGUGGGCACCAUGAUGACCUGCAGCACGGAGGGGAGAACCUGUGAAAUUGCCAUGGUUGCAGACAAGGGCUCCAACUGUUGCUUCAUGGCCGAGGCACACCUGGUGGAAACAGCAGACGAGACCAGCGGGCGGAUGUGUGUCAACACUGAGUGGGGCUGCUUUGGGGAUGAUGGCACCCUGAAUGAUGUCUUCACACCCUAUGAUGAAUGCGUGGAUGUGGAAUCUUCCAACCCUGGGGAGAAGAGGUUUGAGAAGAUGGUGGGCACCCUGUACCUGGGGGAGAUUGUCCGGCACGCUCUGAUUGCCCUGACCGCUGAGAAAGCUGUCUUUGUUGGGACUGAUAUUGCCGUCCUGAAGGAGAAGGGAGUGUUCACGAUGCAGCAUAUUCUGGAUAUCGUCAACAACGAGGAUGGAAUAGAUGACGCGAAGAGGAUUCUGGAGCUUCUGGGGCUGCAGGCAAGCGAGCGGGAUUGCAGCCGGGUGCAGCAGAUCUGCCGGGCAGUGAUGGGGCGUGCUGCCACACUCCAUGCCAUUGGGCUGGCUGCCAUCCUCAGCUACAUGUGCCAGACCCGGAACAUGGAGACACUGAUGGUCAACGUGGGGGUGGAUGGAGAAUUAUUCGGGAACUACUCCAGGUUUGAGGAGAUUGUGAUGAGUGUGUCAAGGCUACUGUCCCCUGAGUGCAAGGCCACCCUUCUGCCCUCUAGAGAUGGCUCUGGGCGGGGGGCAGCCAUGGUGACAGCAGUGGCUUUGCGCCUGGCAGCCCAGCGCCGUGAGGUGAACGAGGUGCUGGCCCCACUACGGCUCACCCGCGCUGACCUGGAGAAAGUCCAGGCGCUGAUGAGGGAGGAGAUGGACCGGGGCCUGUGUAAGGAGACCAAUGCCACUGCUUCUGUCCGCAUGCUGCCCACCUAUGUUUCUCACACACCUGAUGGCACUGAGCGAGGCAUCUUCCUGGCGCUGGACCUGGGGGGGACCAAUUUCCGUGUGCUGGUGGUGCAUGUGAAAGAGGAGGGCAUCAGCAUGGCCAGCGAGAUCUACAUCAUCCCAGCUGCCAUCAUGCAGGGCACGGGCGAGGCGCUCUUUGACCACAUCAUUGACUGCAUCAUAGACUUCCAGAUGAAGCAGAACCUAGUGACAGACAUGCUGCCUCUUGGCUUCACCUUCUCCUUCCCCUGCCAGCAGCUGGGCUUAGAUAAGGCAUUGCUGCUGACCUGGACCAAAGGCUUCAGUGCCUCGGGCUGUGUGGGACAGGACGUUGUCCAGCUGCUGCGGGAGGCUGCCCAGCGCAAACAGCACGCAGGGAUGGAAGUGGUGGCUCUGGUCAACGACACAGUGGGAACCAUGAUGGCCUGUGGUUAUGAUGACCCCAAAUGUGAAAUUGGCCUCAUUGUGGGGACAGGGACCAAUGCCUGUUACAUGGAGGAGAUGAGGAACGUGGGCACUGUGGAGGGAGACCAGGGCCGUAUGUGCAUCAACAUGGAGUGGGGGGCCUUUGGGGACAACGGCUGCCUAGACCACCUCUUCACCCAUUUCGACAAGGUGGUGGAUGAUACAACCAUCAACCCGGGCAAACAGAGGUUUGAGAAGCUCAUCAGCGGCAUGUACCUGGGCGAGAUUGUGCGUCAGAUCCUGAUGGUAAUGACAGAGAAACAGCUCUUGUUCCAAGGCAAACUCAGCCCCAAACUCCAGACCAGGAACAUCUUCCAGACCAAGUUCCUCUCUACCGUAGAGCUCAACGGGCUGCCCCUGCGGCAGAUACAGGCCGUCCUGAGUGAACUGGAGCUCGAUGCCAGCUUCGAGGACACCGUGCUGCUGCGGGAGGUGUGCCAGACCGUGUCCCUGCGGGCGGCCCAGCUCUGCGCUGCUGGCUUGGCUGCCGUGGUGGAGAAGAUGCGGGAGAACCGGGGCCUGGACGAACUGUCUGUCACUGUUGGGGUGGAUGGCACCUUGUACAAGCUGCAUCCAUGCUUCUCCAACAACCUCCAGAAGACACUGAAGGACCUGGCACCCAAGUGCAAUGUGUCCUUCCUGCUAUCAGAGGAUGGCUCGGGGAAAGGGGCUGCACUCGUGGCAGCUGUGGCCAGUCAUGCUGCCAACGCCAUGGAAUAGCCACCACUCCAAUAAAGAUCUUUGGCAUGCA